UUGGUUUGGCGUGGGCUUUCCUUCCGGAUAAGGGGGCACUAAGAGAGGGGUUGAUUCUUGUGGGACUUGCGAGGUGUAUCGCAAUGGUUCUGAUAUGGACCGGCCUAGCUGGAGGGGAUAACGAAUAUUGCGCUAUCCUGGUGGCCAUCAACUCGAUCCUCCAGAUGGUGCUCUACGCACCCCUCGCUAUCCUCUUCAUCAAAGUCAUCAGCGGAGAAAGUGGGGAACUGGACGUUGACUACCCGACCGUAGCCAAAAGCGUCGCCGUGUUUCUUGGCAUUCCUCUUGGAGCGGCUAUCGUCACUCGAUUCUCGCUGCGGAAACUCGCCAGUCCGAAGUGGUACGACCAAGUCUUCCUCAAGUUCGCAGCUCCAUGGUCCCUCAUCGGCUUGCUGUUCACAAUCUUGAUCCUGUUCGCGUCGCAGGGAAAGAGGGUCGUGCAUCAGAUUGUCUCUGUUGUGAGAGUGGCUGCUCCACUAAUUGUGUACUUUGCUAUUAUCUUCUUCUUGACUCUUUUGGUUACGUACAAGCUCGGAUUUGGGUAUAAAUUAGCUGCUACGCAGAGUUUCACUGCCGCGAGCAAUAAUUUCGAGCUUGCUAUUGCUGUGGCGGUUGCUACUUAUGGUGCGAACAGUGAUCAAGCCUUGGCUGCGACUGUUGGGCCGUUGAUCGAAGUGCCAGUGCUAUUAGGACUCGUGUACGUGGUGAAGGCGAUUGGAAAGAGACGUGGGUGGAAGGAUUAGUAAAGGGAAAAGAUGCUUUGAAGUGAUUCUCUUUCUUGUAUCAUGAUGACUUGAGUAGGUACUACCAAAACAAACUUAACAGACACAGGAAUAUGUGAAUCAAAGUGAAAGAGUACUUUUCAAAAUAUGGAGAUGCAGCUGGGAGGGUGUACACUUGGAAGGGCGCCUUCUAGGUCCCGAUAAACUGCGAGACUUUAGAAUAAGCACACGAAUGCUCAUGCUUUGGAUAGCAAAAUU